AUGUCUAAGCAUGCAAAAGCGAGUGUCAAACCUAGUUCAUCUAAGGGUGGGCCAAAAGGCAAAUCCAAGGGCCCCCCAUUUCGUUUGCUAGAUCAUGAAAACCCUAUGAUUUAUGAAUUCCUCACUUCCAACAAAGAAAAAAUCGAAUCGACAAAAUUCCUUAAUAGAGAAUCUUUUGAAGCUCUUGGAGUGCUCAAAUUAGUUGAGGCACUAUUUGACAACAUUAGGUGGGGUCAAUUCCUUCAUAAUCGUGCAACCACUUACAUUGAACCAACCCUAGAAUUCCUUUCCACAUUCAAGCCUUAUGACAAGUCGAGAGUCGUAACUUUCAAAAUGUUAGGCGGAAAUCGAACAUUUCCAUAUCGGGUUGUGAACGCUCUAAUGGGUACCCCGGUGGACCAUACAUAUUCCCAUCAAGAUCCUUGGUCCGAAGCAUUUAACGAAUACCACUUUUGGCAAAAAAUUACCCACGAACCAUGGUAUUCAUCAUCUUCAUCCAAGGCUUCCUCAAUUAUUCAUCCAUGCUUGCGUCUAGCCUACUGA